CAUGUGACUAAUUUUCAAAAUGUUUGAGGUUAGAAUUUUGUGAAAUCAACUCAAUAUUAAUUUGAAAAAAUCAGUUUAUACUACACUGAUAUUCCAACAUUAUUUCAAACAUAACCUAUAUGUUUUAAUUUCGUAAUUUCAAGAAAAUAAUGUCGUUACGUUUAACAAGACAACUUUGUAAAACCGUUUCUACCGUCUGCAGAAACCAAACAUGUACUUUUUCGGGAUUGCCAGAAAUGAAACCGGUGGAAGCAAGAUGCAUCAUCAGUUGCAAACGAAAACACUUAAACCACCAUGAACACAUGAUAUAUAACAAUUUAGACGAGAUUCCUUUAAUUUCUAAGGGCUGGAAUCACUCAAAAUCGAAAGGAGAUAGUUUUGUAAUACAUCGAAUUGAAAGUAAAUGCCUUGAAGAAGAAAUGGUUCCCUUUAAUUUAUUAGAUAUUGAUUCAAGAUUAAUAGAAGCUUUAAGUAACCGAGAUAUAAAGAAAGCAACGAGUUAUCAAGCUAAAGCUAUUCCUCUGAUGAAUCGAGAUUCACAUUUAUUGCUAGCAGCAGAAACGGGUUGUGGAAAAACAAUCUCAUAUUUGCUACCCAUUAUUCAAAAUUUGAGUAAUAAUAAAACCACAGAGUUAAAUACACCUAAGGCGCUGAUACUUGUACCCAACAGAGAGUUGGCCUAUCAAGUUGGAGACGUGGCCGAGAUGUUAGCUAAAUCUGUUGACUUAAAUGUGAAAAUUAUAGUCGGAGGGCGAACGAAAAAAAUAAUGAUGAAUCCUGAAUUUGGUGAAAUAGAUAUCCUUGUAGGUACUCCUGGAGCAAUAAGUAAAUUAAAUACAGUUGGGGUUUACAAAUUAAAUCAAGUCCUGUAUACAGUUCUUGAUGAAGCAGACACUUUAGUUGAUGACAGCUUUAGUGAAAGAAUGUUUUCAGUUAUUAAACGGCUACCACAAUCUAAAAUAGUCCUAGUUUCGGCGACAAUGCCAAAAACGAUACCCGAGUACCUCAAACCUAUAGAACCAAGUCUAAUGCAACUAGUAUCUCCAAAAAUCCACAGACCACUUCUCACCAUUACACAAAAAUUCUCGAGGAUGACUAGAUCGACGAAACCCUCAAAUCUGUUACAAAUUGCCAAAACCAAUAAACAUCCAAUGUUGAUUUUCACCAGUCGGAAUGCAACCUGUAAUUGGUUGGCGAUGUUUUUGAGAGAAAAUGGGAUUCCGUGUUCGAAUAUUAACGGCGAUAUGAAUUACGCGAUCAGAAUCGACCAAUGGAAUAGCUUCAUUAAGGGUGAAACUAAAAUACUGUCUUCGACUGAUGUGGGUUCAAGAGGGUUAGAUACGACGCAAGUGGGACACGUUUUAAAUUACGAUUUUCCGGUGUAUGCAGCCGAUUAUUUGCAUAGGAUUGGGCGUAUUGGAAGAUUGGGAAGUUCGUUGGAUUGCAAAGCAACGAAUUUUAUUUCAGGGCCUGAGGAAGUUAGGUUGGUGCAACAAAUUGAGCUAGCGGUACGGAAAAACCAGCCACUGCCCAACGUCGACGGAAAUAUCACCAACAUCGUACAGAAAAAAAUCCAAAAAGGAAUGCGAGAAGCAAUAUAGAUUUUUUUAUUAAAACAAAUAAAACUAA